ACUUAGAAGUAAUCAGAAGCAAAUUCAUGAACUAAAGAAAUCUAUACAUGACAAGAAUGAAAAUUUUUCCCACAAAAUUGAGAUUUUAAAGACAAAACAAAAUAUUGGAAAUCAACAGUUCUCUCGAACAAAUAAAAAUAUAGUAGAAAGCCUUAAGAACAGACUUGGUGAUGCAAGUUAGAAGACAAAUCUCUGGAAGUUUAACAGUCAGACAAAAAGAAGAAGAAGGAGAGGGAGAAGGAGAAGAGGAAAAGGAGAAGAAGAAAUUAGAAAACUAAGAAACAGUGUCAGAGAUUUAGCGAUUUAUGGAAUACUAUCAAAUGACCCAACAUACAGGUCAUAGGAGUUCCUGAGGCCAUGGAAAGAGAGAAUGGAUUAGCAGGCCUUUUUUAAUUAAAUAAUUGCAGAAAACGUUCCUAAUUUGGAGAAAGAAAGGGACAUCCAAAUACAGGAAGCAACAUAAAACUCCUAAUAGACAUGACCAGAAAAGAUCUUCACCAUGACAUAUUGUAGUUACUCUCCACAGUAAAACACAAAGAAAAGAUUCGAAAAUCUGCACAAGACAAAUGCCAGAUUGCUUUCAGAGGAUCUCCAACUGGACGCUGAGCUAACUUCUCAUCAAAAAACUCUAGGCUAUGAGAGAAUGGUGAGAUACAUUCCAAGUCUUAACAGAAAAAACUGUCAACCCAGAACACUGUACCUGCAAAGCUGGUACAGAAGUGGAUCAGAAGUGAAGCAGCUAUGACACAAUGCAGCACUCAUAUGGGAUGCCAGCGAACAAUGGCUUUACCUACUAUGCCAGUACACUAGCCCCGCUUUCUGUAUUUCAUAAAGAGAAGUUAUACUGGCUUAUCUCAGAGAUACGAUAACUAUAAAUCAUUUUAUUCUACAGUGUUUAAUACAUAUAAAAAUCUUUAAGUCAGCUUUAAUAAUUUGGUUUCUAUAUUGGAAAAUUCAGGUUAAAAAUGAACUUGAAAUGAAGACAUAUUUCCAUACAUUGUAAAACCAAGAUCAGUGCUAACAGAUACUAAAGUUAUGCAGAUUCUUUUUUAUUAUCAUUCAAGUUUUAUUCCACAUUUUACUGGAAAUCCUAGCCACAGAAAUUAGGCAAGAGAAAGAAAUCAAGGGUAUCCAAAUUGAAGAAUGAGGCCAAAUCAUAACUUUUGGCAAAUGAUAUGAACGUACAAAUAGAAAACUCCCAAAAACUCCAUAUUGCAUACGUUCAGCAAAGUUUCAGGCUGUGAAGUCAACAUACAAUAACCAGCAGAAAGCAAUCCCAUGUUCAAUACCUACACUAAAGAAAAAGGAAAUAUCUGGAAAUACAUGUGACCAAAGAGGUAAAAUAUCCCUACAAUUAAAACUAUGAGUCUUCAAUGAAAGAAAUUAAAGAGUAUUUUAGAUUGCGAUUAGCCUGCAAUACUUGUAACAUUCAAUAUUUCAACACAUAGACUCGGCAUAAAUUGAUCCUACCAGACAAUUAGUCUUCCUGGAGUUCUUAUUUCUUUCUGGCUUUGCCGUCCUGUCCAGGGUCCUGUAGUUCAGGCUCAAAGAUGCCUUUCACACAGAGAAGGCCUAGUGGUGAGGAAUGUCCAUGUACCUCCAAACUUCAUGUUCAAACUGCAAGGUCAAUGCUACAGUAUAGAGGUGGGGAAUGCAGGACUAGGGCUCCACUCUCUUUCACAGGAUGAGUGAAUUUCUUUUUUCUAAAAAAAGAAAAUUAUUUAUUUAUUUGAAAAUCAGAGUUAAAGAGGGUGGGGGAAACGGAGAAAAAGAUAUCGACCAACUGCUGGUUCAUUCCCCAAAGAGCCACAAUUACCAGGGCUGGGUCAGGCCAGUCCUGAAUUCCAUCCCGGACUCCCAAAAUACUUGGUACAUCCUCUGCUGCGUUACCAGACAUGACACUAGGGAGCUGGAUUGGAUGUUGAACACCCGGACCUCAAUCAGCACCCACAUGGAUUGUUGGUGGAGCUGGGUUUAACCUGCUGGACUACAGUGUUGGCCACAGCCUACAUGACUGUCUAACAAGGCUUUAAAGGGGGAUGGUUUUGAUAUCACCAUCUGAGUAAACCCCUGGAAGGCACAAUUUUUCUUUGAAAAUUAUUGGAUUAAAAUGCAGAUUAAGAUGUUGGAUUGCCGGAGCUGUGGCUCACUAAACUAAUCCUCCGCCUUGCGGCACCAGCACACCGGGUUCUAGUCCCGGUAAAGGCGCUGGAUUCUAUCCCGAUUGCCCCUCUUCCAGGCCAGCUCUCUGCUAUGGCCUGGGAGUGCAGUGGAGGAUGGCCCAAGUCCUUGGGCCCUGCAGCCCAUGGGAGACCAGGAUAAGCACCUGGCUCCUGCCAUUGGAUCAGCGCGGUGCACCGGCCGCAGCGCGCCGGCCGUGGCGGCCAUUGGAGGGUGAACCAAUGGCAAAAAGGAAUACCUUUCUCUCUGUCUCUCUCUCUCACUGUCCACUCUGCCUGUCAAAAAAAAAAAAAAAAAAAGAUGUUGGAUUAAGGUGUGGUACUUUCUUAAGAGCUAAAACGCCACUCUCCACACAUGUACUUGGCUCAACCAACCACAGCAAACCACCAGCCUUUCCACCUUCCAUUUCUCUCUGAAGAAGGCUCAGCAGCAGCAGAGAGGGAGCGCUUUCCAGACAACGAGUCUGCUGGAGCCCUGACCUUCACCUUCCAGCCUGCAGAACAAACACUGAGGAAUGAAGUUCUGUUCUUUAUUCAUGACUCCAUUCAAGACACUUUGUGAGAGCAGCCCAGGAACCCUGAGACAUCAAACAUGCGUCAGUUUCUCCCUGCUUUUCUAAGGACAAUUUGGAGAAUGCUGACACUUGGUUGGCCUUCCGUACCUGGACUAUACCCACCCAGAGCUCCCUUCUGGUCCUCCAGGGGUUCUAACGAGAAAUCUGGUGAGGAUCUUAGGGGGAAAGGAUUAUGAAAGAUGCCCUUCUCUCAGCUGUGUCCAUUAUAGUAAUGUGCCUGGUGGUGUCAGGGGCAACGGGACACUUUGUCAAGGAUAUCAUGAUGCCAGAGAAGUUGUAGCAACAUUCAGAGACCUAUCAUUCAGGGUUAAAGGCAAUGGGAUGUGUCUCUGCAGUGUAGACCAUCAGAGGUCUUAAAGACCCCACAAAUGUUAUCACUUCUUAAGGAGAAAGGAAAAGGCCAUAGGUGCAUCCUACGUGUUUAAAGUUCAAAUUGUAAACAUCAGUUUGUAUCACCAAUCUAAGCCAGAAGCUCUUGGGGUCUUUGAUAUUAAGAGAAAGCUGGUUGAGGAAACCCCCGAGGAUUAGCUGUGGCUGUGAUUGGUGCCCGCCGGUCUCUGACUUCAUAAGGACCAACUGUGGUGAAAUAGAAAGUCGUGCAAGUCCCUGCCGGACUGCUAUUGGCCCAUUUCUCGCUCUGACUUCAUAAGGAGCCCUGUGAUGACAGGAUUCCACACGCCUAUAUAAGCGGCUGCACGGCCCAGGUUUUUGUCCGCUUUACCAGGGAGCUAUUUCGGUGACCUGUGUGCUUGGACCCCUCUUUGCUUGCGCUUGUGUUGGUUGGUGUUGGUGUGCUGUUUUGUUUGUUUGUUUGUUUCUUGUUCUAUUUCGUUUUUUCUUUCCCCCAUUUGGAUUUAGUUUGUUUUUUUCCUCCUAUUUCUUUUUUGGCCCAUUGUGUCUUUUUUUGCAGUUUUUUUCGUUUUUGGCUUCCCGCAUCUGUAGCUAGACAGCGCGGCUAGAUCUCAGAGUGUUAGUGUAGCUAUUUAGUGUUUGUUGUUUUGGAGUUUUUCUGGUUUUUGUUUUCUGUUUUGGUUAGAUAGGACUUAGUCUUGCCACUGUGUUUGAUAAGUGUAGUUAGAAUAGGUAGUGUGGUACGGUAGUCAGAUCAGGAGGUAGUCCCCUUGUUGUCCCUUUAUUUUCUCAGUUAUUGUAGUUAGGGUAGCUCCUUAGUUAGUGUGUAUGGACAGGAAUAUUAGCCAGAGCAGAGCAGAGAGCGUAGUUAGGGACACCAGCCUGGAAGGCCGUGAGGACCUGGAUGCCAUCGACAGCUCACAGGUUGAGCUCCAGUUGCUGUCGGCCCUGGGCAGGGGCAGCUUCGGCAUGGUGGUGCUGGCCUGCCAGGCAUCCAGCCAGCGGCAGGUGGCUGUGAAGCUCUUCCAUUUACAACCCAUUCGGCACCAGGCGAGUGACGCAAGAGGCCAGCAUCUUGCAGCUCCUGAGGCACCCGAAUAUCGUGCAGCUGCUGGAGGUGGGUCGCGUCGGCCAUUACCACUGCCUGGUGAUGGAGCUGAUGGACGGGGGCGACCUCUUCCAGCACGUGAUGAGCCGGGGCGGCCUGCCAGAGCCUGAGGUCAUGGUCAUGUUUGACCAAAUCCUGGCAGCCGUGGGCCACUGCCAUGCACAGCGGGUGGCGCACAGGGACCUCAAGCUGGAGAACCUGUUGCUGGACUCUCAGCUCAACGUGAAGCUGGCGGACUUUGGGCUCAGCUGCCAUCUGCCCGAGGGUGAGCUGGUGCAGGGCUUCCGCGGGACCCUGGAGUACAGCGCCCCGGAGGAGUUCCAGCGGGAGCCAUAUGAUCCAUUCGCAUCAGACAUUUGGAGUCUGGGGGUCAUCCUCUUCACCAUGCUGGCGGGGGCCAUGCCUUUCAAUGGGGAAGACUGGGCGGAGCUGCGGGACUGCAUCCAGAGGGGGAGCUACGAGCUCCCGUGUGCGGCCAGCCCGGCCCUGGAAGAGCUCCUGAGUUGGCUGCUCAGCAUGGACCCAUGCGACAGGCCUACAGCGGAAAUCGCCCGCCAGCAAUGGUGGUUUGAGGGAAACGAGGGCGAGGAGGUGACCCUGGUGCAGCCCCUGGGGGUUCCGGAGGACCCAGAGGCCCAGGAGUACCUGGCGGGCCUGGGUCUGCUGCCGGGCGCUGGAGCAGCAGUGCCAUCUGGCCCUGGGAGAUUCAGGCGGAUGUCCCUGCAGUUGGACUCCCGGAGCCUGGAGCAGGUGCAGCCCCGUUGGCAGAGCAAUCGUCUGGCAGCGGCCUCGCUGCCCAGCCUUGCCGUCUUGCGGGGCUCACUUGCACAGGCUGCCGCAAGGGAGAUCCACAGUGCACCUGCCCUUCUCAGCUGUGAGCCCCUGGUGCCUCAGGGCCUCAGGGAGCCGAAGCCGGAGCAGGAGUCCAAGUUGCAGCUGGAGCCGGAGCUGGAGUUGGAGGCGGGGUCAGAGCCGAAGCCCAGGCCGGAGGUGGAUCCUGCAGUGUCCGCCCCUGUGCUUGCCUCUCCCCUCCCUGGACAGCUACAGGAGAGGAGCCCUGGUGCCAGCCCAGCCCCCGAGCCCGUCCCUGUGCCUGUCCCCUCCACCCCCAGCCUCGGGAGCAGUCAGCACCUGGUGGUGCCAGAGGUCCCAGCAGCUGAGCCUGAGGAGGCUGGGCCCUCAGCAUCGGCCUCUGUCCCGAGCAAGGGCCGGCAGGGGCUGGGCAGGAGGAUUGGCAGGAGCAUCCUCAGAUUCCUCCUGCGUGCCUGCUGCCUGCCGGCCCCAGCCCGCAGCCCUGGCCCCCGCAGCCGAAAGGUGGCCCCCAGGUAGCCUGCCUCAGUGUGCAAGCUGAGCUGCCUGAGGGCUCUCAUUUGAUUGAGACUUUUCUGUGCUUCUCGUCAAUAAAAAUCUAAGCUUUA